AUGUCAGAUCUGCUGUCUAUAGUCGGCAGUGCUGUCGGCAUCAUAUCACUCGGCAUCCACGUCUGUCAAGGUCUGAUAUCGUACCUUCAGUCUUUCAAAGGCCAAGUCCAAGAGAUACAGGAUAGCGUCAAGGAGACUCAGACAAUAGUCUCGCUUUUAAAUUCGGUAACGAACGUACUAGUAAAGCUCGACCAACACUCUGCCAGAGCCAUUGCAGUGGUGGAUUGCUGGAAGGACAGUGAGAAAAGACAGCGUGAGUUGCAGGGAUUUCUACUGAAGCUCCAGAAACCACAAGAUACGUCCCAAGACACACCGCAGAGGAUAAAGAAUGCUAGACAUGUGCUUGCUUAUCCCUUCCUCCAGGGCAAACUGUCGGCUCUGCGUCAGUGUUUACAAGACUUGCUACACAAUUUGAAUCUUGCUGUCAAAAACGCUUCACUCGAUCUUACAACUGACAUCUAUGAUCAGGUUCACGACAUUAGUGACACCGUGAAAGGGCAGGGACUCCAAAUAGCUCACCUUUCCGAUCGCCUUCUAACCCUUGAUGACACAAUGGGUAUGGAUAUCCGACAUAUUAGCCAGAAACUCUCUCGACUGGAAAUGGUCGUGCAAAACCUUCGCCCAAAUAUUGCUGUUGAGCUCAUGAUAGCUACGAACAACCUGAGCCAAGUAUUGUCCAGCAAUCAGCAGCUUCAGCAGAACUUUCACCAACGCUUGACAGGAUGCUUGAAGGAGAUGGUGAUAGAAAGAGGGCUGGUGAAAGAGCUACUAGACUCAUUGAUGGAUCAAGAAAUACCUACGAUUGAGAACUCUGUGACGAAGGUUUCCAAUGCCCCCAAGUGCCCCACGGUCACAAAGGCCCCAUCAAGAGACCUUCCUGGUUGCAACUGUAAGUUAGACAAGAAGCCUUGGACAUACUCUGUACAGCCUUGGCACAUCAAGGUUGAGUACCAGCAACAAAGUUACGAGCGACAUAAGCAAGGCUGCAAGUAUUUCUGCAUCAGAAGACAGACAAAAAGCAGAACGAAAGCACAGAUACGACUGAGGCUUGCUAGUGGUCUAGUCAACAUGUUCUAUCGCGAGAUGUUGGGUUGCAAUACCUCCAAAUCGACUCGAAAGACAGUUGCUAUGGCAGCCUUCAAGAUGAUUCAUGAUCCAAGUUCGACUUCUGGAUUUGCUCGUGUAAUUACCAACUAUGAUCCAGAAAUUUCCAAGACAAUCAGGUCUGAGACAGAAGAGCAGCAGAACUUCAGUUUACUGGAAGAUUUGAUGCAAGAAUUUGCUCAGAUGCUGGCUUCCAUGAACUCGACAACAAACUUUCUUAAAGUAUUCAUUUGGGGCUAUUGGCGUCAUCGUAUCUCCAAACUCUUCGCAGUCGAUCCGGAAUUCAUUAACAGUAUUGAGGGUAGUGAAGCGCGUAUGGAUCUCUAUGUCCUACCCGAGAGACUUCGCUGUCUGCUUGGCAGGGGUUUUGAGCUCCAAAGACCUUAA